UGUCCGUGUCGAUCGGUGCUGUUCCCUUCUCGCUGUUAGUUGCCGCUGCUGCCGCCGACGCGCGCGCAUCCCCGCUUCACGGACGCGAUGGACGAGGAGCUGAAGUGCCCCGUGUGCGGCAAUUUGUACCAGGAGCCAAUCAUCCUUCCGUGCUCGCACAACGUGUGCCUCGCGUGUGCCAGGACCAUCGUGGUGCAGACCCCGGAGGGGGAGACCCCGGCCGCGCAGAGCCGCGCGUCCGCCGCCUCGGACUACGACUAUGUGGACGCGGACAAGAUGAGCAUGCACAGCGAAACGGACAGCGGCUACGGCUCGUACACGCCGUGUGCCAAGUCGCCCAACGGCGUGCGCGUGUUCCCGCCGCCGCCGCGCCCCUGCUCCGUGUCCAUCACGUGCCCGCAGUGCCACCGCAGCGCGUCGCUGGACGAGCGGGGCCCGCGCGCCUUCCCGCGCAACCGGCUGCUCGAGGCCAUCGUGAGCCGCUACCGGCGGAGUCGCGAGUCGGCGUCGGCGGCUGCGUCCGUCCCGUGCCAGCUGUGCGAGCGCGGCCCCGCCGAGGCCACGGUCAUGUGCGAGCAGUGCGACGUGUUCUACUGCGCUCCGUGCCAGCAGCGCUGCCACCCGUCCCGCGGCCCGCUGGCCAAGCACCGGCUCGUGCCGCCCCCCCAGAGCGCGGCGGUCGCGCAGCCGCAGCCCCCCGCGGCGCCGCGGAAGCCGGCCACGUGCGCCGAGCACGAAGCCGAGACGUACAGCGUGUACUGCGUGACGUGUCGGAGGCCAGUGUGUCACCGCUGUGUGGAGGAGGGUAAACACGGUCAGCACGAGGUGAAACCGCUGGGCGUGGUGUGGAAGCAGCACAAGUGCCAGCUCUCCCAAGCCCUGAACGGCGUGUCGGACAAAGCCAAGGACGCCAAGGAGUUUCUGGUCCAGCUCAAGAACCUGCUGCAGCAGAUACAGGAGAACGGGGUGGAGUUCGAAGCCUGUCUGGUGGCCCAGUGCGACUCCCUCAUCGACGCGCUCACCCGGCAGAAAGCCAAGCUCCUCACCAAGGUCACCAAGGAGCGCGAGUACAAGCUCAAGGUGGUCCGGGACCAGAUAACCCACUGCACGAUGAAGCUGCGCCAGACCACGGGCAUGAUGGAGUUCUGCCUGGAGGUCAUCAAAGAGAACGACCCCAGCGGCUUCCUGCAGAUCUCAGACGCCCUCAUCAGGCGGGUCCAGUCGUCCCAAGACCAGUGGGUCAAGGGUGCUUUGGAGCCCAAGGUGUACCCAGAGUUUGACCUGACGCUCACGAGCGAUCCCCUCCUCCAGGCUAUCCAGCAGCUGGACCUGGUCCAAGCCAAAGAUUCUCGGGAGGCUCCGUUACUGACACGCACGCACGCAGGUGGACCGGCGCUGUCGGACAGCCCAGGAGCAGAGCCCUUCAGGGUUCCUCCCGCGCCCCUCCUGCAGCUGGAGAAGUGCUGCACGCGCAACAACAGCGCCACGCUGGCAUGGAGGAUCCCGGUGCCGUGUGCCAGCGCCGUGGAGGGAUACGUGCUGGAGCUGGACGACGGCAAUGGCGGGCAGUACCGGGAGGUGUACGUGGGAAAGGAGACGGUCUGCACCGUGGACGGCCUGCACUUCAACAGCUCAUACAACGCCCGUGUCAAGGCCUACAGUGCCCUGGGGGUUGGGCCCUACAGCAAGACUGUCGUCCUCAAGACGUCUGACGUGGCCUGGUUCACCUUUGACCCCAACUCGGCCCACAGGGACAUAGUGCUGUCCAACGAGAACCAGACGGCCACCUGCAACAGCUACGAUGACCGCGUGGUGCUGGGCACGGCCGCCUUCUCCAAGGGCGUGCACUACUGGGAGCUCACGGUGGAUCGCUACGACAACCAUCCGGACCCGGCCUUCGGCGUGGCCCGCAUCAACACCAUGAAAGACAUGAUGCUGGGCAAGGACGACAAAGCCUGGGCCAUGUAUGUGGACAACAACCGCAGCUGGUUCAUGCACAACAACUCCCACACAAACCGGGCUGAGGGAGGCAUCACAAAGGGUUCCUCAGUGGGCAUCCUGCUGGACCUCAACAAGCACACCCUGACCUUCUACAUCAACAAGGAGCAACACGGUCCCGUGGCCUUCGAGAACCUGGAGGGGGUCUUCAUGCCUGCCAUCAGCCUCAACAGGAAUGUCCAGGUGACCUUACUGACAGGCUUGGAGGUGCCGAAGAAUAUUAAGCAGCAGUAGUCCGUCAAGGAAUUCUGGGACACAAGGUGUCAUAUCGUUGUCAGCAGAGCAAGACCCCGACUCACCCCGCAACCCACCAACGAUGUCCCGCAUCCUGGCCGAUCGAUCCCCGCCGUCAAAGCUGCCCUUAUGUACAGAAUUACAACAUUAUCAGUAGUAUUAUUUUUUUAGUCCUGAAUGGUAAAACAGCUGAGUGUGUGACAUGUGUACACAUAUUUAAUUUUGUACAGUAUGUUUUGUGACGAUAAUUCUCGUAGGGCACCGUCAAGGGCAUGCCCCACGGACAACUGUGAUUACCUUCAAGCGACUCGCGCGACAGCAGUUACGGCGCGGCCUGUGGCUCGUACUUAUCUCAGCCUCCUUUCGGAACGCGAGCGGACUCCACGAGGGGCACGUCGCACACCGCGGAAAGGCUGCCUGCCGGUUAAGUACGCCUGGUCCCGGCACCAGACCCGUGACGGUAGCCUGGGGCUCCGUCCACACUGUGAGGCAUGAUGAGUAUUUACAUUUUUUAAAAAAAUCCUGUAGCUUUUUCC